AUGCCGCAUUCUCGAAUACCCUUGCCGCAUCCCGUGCAGCCGCUGCAUGUCUACCGCCAUCUCCUCCGAGCCGCAUCCUACUACCCGGCCACCAUACGACCCUUCCUCGACGAACGCAUACGGACCGGUUUCCGAGCGGAGCGAGAGAGGGCGGCCGAAAGUGAGUCGAAGAUCCGCCAUUCUCCCGACCCUGAAGGGGCCCGCAUAGACGAAGACUACCGGCGGAAAAAGCAUCUUCUGGAUGGGAAGAAGAGGAUACCCUUUCUCCAUGCCGCAGCCAGCGGAGACCAAAAACGCUUGCGCAAGGUCAUGUGGCACGUCUAUGGCCGACUGGGCAAACAACGCCGGGAGCUCAUGGCCCUGUUGGUCGCAAAAGAACCAGAACCGCCUCUCAGCCCCGAGCAGCUCCAGCAGCGCAUGGAACAAAUGGAGAGGGACAGGAGGAAGAGGGAGAGGCUCCUCAAAACACAUCCCUGGAAACGCAAUUGGGACAGAGAAGACCCCACCCCCUGGGCAUACCAGCACCUCAGUCCCAUCGAAGACAACUGGGACAUCCCCAAGUUACGCGCCUACGCCAAGGCUCAGCAAGCUCACCAGCGCAGCACCACCGGCGCCGCCUCCCCGAGGGGCCCUAUCCGAAGCCUCGAUCCCUACAGCAAGGUGCGCAAGGAGGAUAUCUGGGGCCGCCCGAUGGCGCCGAGGAGAGUGACAAAGGCCGUGCGAAAGUGGUGGAAGUUGACGGCCGACAAGAUCAUGCCUCCCAUCGACAAGGACGGUUGGGACUUUCUGAAGCUGCUUGCGACUGGAGAUGCACCUAAGGAGAUGUACGAGUUCACGCGGAGGAGGCGCAUCGCAGCGCCCGUCGGCCCAGAUCGCGACGCUCCGCCGGAAUGGGACUGGACGAUACACACCCGUCUCCCUGCUCGCGACGUUGAACGGCCACGGAGUCUGCGACUUACACGGUUGACCGGCCAGUGGGAUGACGGUCCUUAUUCAAAGACCACCGGCAGGAGCCCUGUAGUCCGCAAGCAGCCCUUUCGCACACGACAGAUUCGACGGGAAUAUCAAAGAAUGUGGGAGGUGUCCUCGUACAUGACAACUCCGGCCGCGAAAGAAGGGUCGAAGCCGGCAGUCGCAAGGCCUGUUUGGGGCGGCAAGAAGACGGAGCUGCCCGUGGCCACCGCUGCACAUCAACAUCUUUUCCAUGGCGUUGACUCGAGAGGGAAAAGAUUGAAACCGGCCAUUGGCGACGCUCAGAAGCCCAUAGAGCCUACCGCCGACGACAAGAAACCGAGGGGACCUGAAGGGGACGGUCAAAAAGUGAAGGAGUAA